UGUGCUCUUGAGUGUUCGUGGUAAUGGAUCUUAAGAUCUUGGGUGAAUUGUGGGUUCCCAUUUCAAAUCAGGACAGGAAAGGUAACUGUAAAUCCCAGGGAUUAAGACCUCAAACAGCACGCAACAAGAACAGUCCCAGGAAAGAACAGAUGGAAAGCCUAACUAGAAAGACAGUGCAUCAAACCCAGAUGCCUGUUGUGUAUCUGUACCUCUCCUGGGUGCCGUGCCAUGCUCCGUGCUCCUGCACGUGGCCUGCCCCAGCGCCGAGUAAGCAGCUACGGACCUCAAAGCUCAGAGGGAAGAAGAUGCUGUGGUACCUGCCCUGCAAGAAGACAAAGACAAAAAGAGAAGAGAGCGGAAAUGAAGAAGGCUUCUCUCAGAGCUGCCGCUGCACAUGCAGAGUCCUCCGCAGUGAACAGCCUUGUGGAGCUGAUGCAGAAGCUGCAGCUGAAGGACUGAGAGGAGGAGCAGCAGAAGGCAGCGGCUGCUGUACCCCUUUCUUUCCCCCUUGCUUCCCCAUGCCUUCCCCCUGCAACGCCCUGCUGUUCUGCUGCUACUGUCACCUGUCAUUAAAAAAACACUUUUCGAACACAUUGGAUCAGACCGCAUACUCUCCCUGUUUAUAAAAGCAGUAAAACAAGGAAUAUAUUAUUAUGUAUUGAUGAACUCCCACCUGCUUGAAGACCAAUAGCAGCUUCUCAUUCUGGAUUAACUCCUGAACACAACCUGGACUCCAUGCAUGGAUUUGGUAUCAGCAGUGGCUCUGCAAUAUUGGGUCUGAGUCUUCAGCUUCCACUUCAAGUUCUAGUGUAAUUUAGGACACCAAAAAUGUGUAACCACUCCUUUCAAAACGAAAUAUAUAAGAAGAAAAUACACUUAGAAAAAAUGAUGAACAUCUAACUACAA